GUAUUAUAUUGACACAUCAGCAACCUGUAAGCAGCCAACGCAACUGCCACACACUCAGGUCCGGGUGCCAACGACUACGGCCGCUUUCUGAUCUUCAAUGUAGUCUACCAGUUACAUUCGAUCGCCGACCGUCGUACUUACAGCUCCGUCUGCCGACGCGUUUGUAACAACAGUCUCGUCUCCAUACGUGGCUAAACCCCCUUUAACUGUCCAGCUGCUGAGUGCCGUAUCGAAAAUGGCCCCAAUCAAAGGCAGAAAGGCUGCCGCCAACAAGAAUUUGCCCAUACUCAGCCAUGAGUUCGUCAUCCAAAACCAUGCAGACAUCAUGUCCUGCGUGGCCAUGGUCAUCGUCAUCGGUCUCAUGGUUCAGUUGACUUCACCAGUGUCUUCAUUGUUUGUGGCCCUGCAAUAUGUCCAGACUACCGGACCUAACACCUUGCAAACAUAUGGUACAGGUCUAAAGGAUUUGUUUGCUAUAUUUUUCUAUUUCCUCAUUUGCAUCAUAUUCCAUGCCAUCAUUCAAGAAUAUGUUUUGGAUAAAAUUUGCCGUAAAUUGCAUUUAUCCAAAUCAAAAAACUCAAAAUUUAAUGAAUCUGGACAGCUGAUUGUAUUCAAUGCAGUUUCUAUGAUUUGGGCAUUAGACAUUGUUGUGAAAGGAAAUUGGUUGGCUGAUCUUUCAUCAUUAUGGAUUGGAUAUCCAUACAGCACUCUAUCGUUUUCAACAAAAUUCUUUUACAUAAUCCAAUUUGCUUACUGGGCUCAUAUUAUGCCAGAACUGUAUUUCCAAAAAAUUAAAAAAGAGGAUAUGUUUAGCAGAGUGAAGUAUUCUGUAUUGUACUUGGCAUUUGUUUCGGCUAUAUACAUAACUAAUUUCCACCGUAUUGGUGUAGUAAUACUAUUAUUGAAUUAUGUUUGUGGAUUUACAAAACACGCCGUUAAAUUGAUUGACAUCACUGAGAAAGACGAAGAUAGUAAAAAAGUUCAAUUGGCCCAAAAUGUGUACAACUGGUUGUUUUAUACUGUACAAUCGCUGACAUUAAUCCUAUCUCAGACGAUGCUAUGGUUCGGUCUUAAAGGUGUGCAGUACAGUGGAGAAUCGCGUGACUUCAACACCCCCAUGUUUAAAUUAAUAUGUUCGAUUGGCGCAUUGGCUAUACAAGCAUGGAUUGUUCAUGAAUUCUUGAACAACCAAAAUUCCAAUGGUCUCAAUUUAUCUGCAUCAUUUGGAUUAAUCAAAUCCAAACCAAAAACAACAGAUAUUUCUAACAAAAAACGCAAGAAUGCAGCUUCCCGAAAGUUUAAUGAAUUAACAGAAGCUGAUCAGAACACUAAAAAAACAUUAAAACAUGAAGCAAAGAAAGCAGCAAAGAUCGCAAAGAGUGUAAAAUAAUUUUGAUCAACAAGUUGUUAGUUGACGCGUUUGCAAUAUUUUAUUUAUCAUACAUUGCAUUAUGUUGGUAAUGUGUAUGUGACAUUUACAUAAAUUUAAUAAUAACUAUAUUAAUUAAGGCACCCGGUGCCGAUACCA